AUGAAACUGUCAGUGGCACUCCUACUACUGCCAGUGACCAUCGACGGGGGGGUAACGUCGCACAUGGUUAACACGUGUCCAGCGUGGGGAAAAAAAAAUUAUGAAAUUAAAAAAACAUUCUUCCUAAAGAGCGCCUCUACGUUAUGCAAGAAGAGGAAACUCCUCCGACGUUGCACCAACGCAGAAAGGAAUAGCUACACAAAUGUGUACACAAUUAGGAACCCACUAAAGUGUAAAGUAGUCGACAAGGUAAAGCUCGUAAGACAAAAUGCUCUGCAUGAAGUGUACAAUCUGGAGAUAGACCAUGGGGGGAUGUUCAAAUAUUUGGAGGGGCACUCAUGCGGGGUGAUUCCUUACUAUGAGGAGGUGGCCCAAGAAGAGGAUAGGAAUACCUCCCAGGAUAGGGGCAAAAAAAGGGGGAGGAAAUGCGCAAGACUCUACUCCAUAUCCUCCAGUAACUCGGACAAUCUCUCCAUUGCCAUUCGAAUUCAUACCUAUGAGGAAGAAAAAAAUGGACACCUCCAUCUGCAGUAUGGAUACUGUUCAGGCUACAUAAAAGGGUUAAAGAAAAAUGAUAACAUAUAUUUAACAGGAGCACACGGAUCCUUUCUUCUUCCAAACAAUGUGCUUGAAGAAAACAGAAAUUUAAUUUUAAUCGCAACAGGGACGGGUAUCUCUCCUUACAUAGCUUUUUUAAAAAAAAUCUGGGGAAUCCAGCAAGGUACCCUUCCACAAAACAAAUCAACCUAUAAUGGAAAAAUUUAUCUUUACUAUGGAGUGUACAAUGAAGACUCCAUUCUGUACAUUCAGGACCUGGAGCAUUUUGCGAAGAUGCACCCGGAUAACUUCCAUGUGGAGUAUGUCUUUUCCUCUAUGAAAAACUCGGAUGUCAGUUCGCAUCAUGUGCAGGACGAAAUAUACAGAAGGAGAGAAAACUUCCUGCGCCUUUUUAAUGAGCUCAAAUGCGAACUUUACAUUUGUGGCCAUAAAUCCAUACGGGGCACAAUUAUCGAUAUUCUCAAGGGGGAAGACCAAGUAUUGGCCGCCGAGAAGAGGAAGCGCGUUCACGUUGAGGUUUACUAG